UCUCAGAUGACCCAAGAACAGUGCACUCAUAGGAACAAUGUCCAGAGUUCAGAGAAACCACAAGUGUACAAAGUGGGAAUAUACGGCUGGAGGAAACGCUGCCUUUACUUCUUCGUCCUGCUGCUGAUGAUCCUGAUCCUGAUCAACUUGGCACUAACUAUCUGGAUCCUCAAAGUCAUGAACUUCACCAUAGAUGGGAUGGGAAACCUCAGAAUAACAGAGAAGGGCCUGAAACUGGAGGGGGACUCUGAGUUCCUCCAACCCCUCUACGCCAAAGAAAUCCAGUCCAAACCAGGCCGCCCACUGUUCCUGCAGUCAUCCAGAAACGUGUCCGUCAAUAUCGUCAACAACAACAACCAGCUGCUCACACAGCUCGUCACAGGAUCCAGUGGAUUUAAAGCACGAGGCAAGAUGUUUGAAGUGAAAUCCACCUCUGGGAAGCUUCUGUUCUCCGCCGAUGAGCAGGAGGUGGUGGUGGGCGCAGAGCGGCUCCGAGUGAUGGGGGCCGAAGGAGCCGUGUUCAGCAAAUCAGUGGAGACGCCGCAUGUCAGGGCUGAGCCGUUCAAAGAGCUGCGGCUGGAGUCUCCUACCCGCUCUCUGCUGAUGGAGGCCCCUAAAGGAAUCCAGAUCCUGGCUGAGGCUGGAGACAUCCAGGCCAUUUGCAGGAAUGAGUUACGACUGGAGUCCAAAGACGGAGAGAUCUCUCUGGAUGCUCGCAGGAUUCGCCUGAUGCAGUUGCCAGAAGGGAAGGCCUCUACCAGCUCCUCGUCCUCUGGGACCAGGCAGACUGUCUACGAGGUUUGCGUUUGCCCCAACGGGAGGCUCUUCCUGUCCCAGGCUGGCACCGGGUCCACCUGCCAGAUUAGCAACAAUGUCUGCCUCUAGGACUCAUGCAUACAAAUAUAAAUAAUUGCAUCCUGAAAGAGACACGGGCUAAACAGACAGAUGUACACGUAUUGCCUGCCUUUAGGAGUGAUUACAGCUAAUUACAUACAGAAAUACAAAGACUGCCAGAGCUGAUGGACAAACAAUCAUAGAUACUGUACUUACACAGACACACUGAUGUAAACACUUUACAAUUACAGACUGAUGUUUAGACCCAACGGAUAAGUUCCUGACAUGUGCCAGUUCUUCAGUGCAAACUAUUUUUUUCCCCUUAAUUUUCCAAGUUAAAGUUCAUCAUCACAAGAACCUAAAAGUCUCCACUGAGUCGAAGCUCUUUAUACAUACAGGACGCACUCCGACAUGAGGCUUUAAGAUAGAAUUACAUGAACAAAAUGAAACUGAAAAAUCUCAAAUUGCAACUUUUUAAUACAGCUGAGGUCUCCGUCAUAUUGGGAGUUAAUGAUACUGACACUAAUAAAAGGCCAGUAUUUAUAAAAUAUCAGUGUGAUCAGUCAUACACAGACAUCUGUAAUCAAGCCACGCAUCACAUCACACAUAUUUUAACGUGAACAUGGUAUACACACACACACACACUUGCUCACAGAAGCCUCCUGGUAGAAACUAAGAGGAAAAUCUCCAGAGAGCUACUGAAAGAGACACUGAUGUGUUCCCUUUCUCUGUCAAGAGCAUUUCAGUACCAGAAUCACUAGGGUGAUCACCCUCCGUUCUUCUCCUCCCUCUCCAUCUUCUCUUUCCUUCCCUGAAGUAGCUUAGCUUGCUUCAGCUAAGGUAUUAAACUUACUUUACCCCAGUGGUUCUCAACUGCAGGCUGGGCGCUAAUUUAGAUAUGAUUUUUGAAGGGAAAAUAAACAAGAUGGACUGGCAAGACUUUCAUUUCACAAAAAUUCAACUUGGAUCCUGAUUUUAUUUUUGAUGUUAGAUAAAAUAUAUACAAAAAAUUGUGUGGGCUGAAUAUUUUUCAGCCUUUGAAAAUGGGGAAUGCAGAAAAAAUGUUUGAGAAUUACUGAUGGCGACUGUUCCUCGGUCUUUAUGUCCCUGUUUUGGGACAUAAAAUGAACGCAAAGACUUUUGAAACUUUUGAAGUUAAAUUUACGCAAACAGCAAUUACAGUGUGCCUAUGUGACAGUUCGUUUCUGAGUUUGUUUGAUUUUGCGAGAAUAUGUUGAUGCUAAAGUGCAACAGAAAGAUCAUUUGCAAGUAAAGGCUAUGGUUUUCAGACUGUGAUGCCAUGUUCACAUCAUAUUACAUUUACUCAACCCCGAUGCAUCAGCUGGGCUUCCUGCUUCUACCAGUUUCUUUACAACAAAUAUUUGAUCUCAAAGAAACAAAUAAGCUCUCCAUCUUCUGCCAACAGAGCUCUGCUUGUACCUUCAUUUCUAAAGACAAAGUUUUUUCUUUCUUUCUUCUUCUUUGUUUUCCUUUCAGGAUUUUUCCCACAGCUAUACUCAGCUAUACUACAGUUACUUGAGAAAUGGUUCCUUCACAUCCCACUGAUUUUGACAUGGAUAUAGGGAAGAGAGAAUUGUUG